GCAUAUAAUUAAUUAUAAUGAGUCAUGUGUUGCAAUCGAUUAAGGUGUGUCCAUUUCCGGAAAAUAAAACACAGAUGUCCGGGUUUGGUUUUUGUUUAGACAAAUUUAAUCACUUCCGGUAAAUUGGCGACCAAAGCUUCGCUUUGUAAAUUUUCACCUGUGUUACAGGUAAAAUUGCAUUAAAUACCUAUGUACAGAUAAAAAGAAUCAUGAUGCUAUAGAUAUACGGCAUAUAGUCAACAGAGACAAGACUUCGACUUUCUCUUUGUGACCAGGUCAAUUGAUAUGACUGUUUAUUAAACAAUAAAAUGGAACAAGAAGUUCAAAUCCAGAGCAUGCAAAGAGUGGUGAAAAGGAGAAAAAGUAGUAAAGAAGAUAUUAUUGACAGAAAGUUUGCCUGCAGUACCUGUGGCAAGGCAUUUAAACACAAACAUCAUCGUACUGAACAUGAACGACUACAUACUGGUGAGAAACCUUACCAUUGUGAAUGGUGUGGCAAAAGAUUUGCCCAUUCUGGAUCCUUCAGUCAGCAUAGAAACCAAGCAUGGUGUAAGAAUGCCGAAGGUAGAGAUAGAGACAAGAAAAAGAGCAGAAGUAAAAGUGUGGAAGCAGAAAAGAAAAAGCCUAAUGCUAAAGUUUUAACUGCAAGACCAACGGAGCAGACAAUUGUUAAUCAUCCCCAUCCUCAAAUUGUUACUACGGAAACCAUUAAAAUAGAACCAUCAACUAAACAGACAUACCCCAUUUUAAACAGUCAGCUUUCACAACAAGCAUACCAUCAUGUACCAAGCACAACAAGUGAACAGUCCUACCAAGUUCCAAACACAUCUGUUGAACAAUCUUACCAGCAAGCUGCCAUUGAAACAAAAGACCUGUCUUAUCAUCAACAGAUAGCCAAAUUGUUACAAGGAGAAAAUGGUGUUCAGAUACCACCAGAAUUUGCACAGUCUGCUUCAGCUUGGCUUGUUGAUAAUGCCGCUAACAUGUUAGACAUUCAUUUAAGCAGUGUGGCCGAACAACAUGAACAAGCGGGAGGAAGUUCAAACGUGCAAUAUUUGUAUACAGUACCAGGAGAUCAAAAUACAUACUGUCUCUCAGGCAUUCCUUAUGUUAACAAAGUUGUCGAGGCUCAGAAUGAAGGCCAGGAAGGGGAGAAAGGAACACUCAGUGGUGAUGGAAGCCAGUCUGCCUAUGACUGCUUCAAUAUUUUCAAUGUACAACCAAGAUCUGAGAGUGAGACUAUUAAAAAAGAGGGGGAGGCAAAGCCGGCCAAUACUGAGGAUUUCAGUGUUUUUAACGUACAACGUAAAAAUGACGCAGAAAAAGCUGCAAUGGAAGCUGGGGCCUUAGAAUCAUCAACAGCAGUUAACAAUUUACUAGAAUAUGCUGCUGCCAUAGAAAACAAUGCACGUCUACAUGAAGAACAGCAAUCUGUAGGAGAUAAUAUGGUAGGUGAGAUUAAAACUGAAGAUGGUGCUACAACCAAGUUACCUACUUAUGAUGAAGCUGUUAAAAAAGAAGAUGGAAUCAGAAUCCAGUACAAUGUCCCCAUCAAAACCGAACCACAUACCAGUGAAGAUACUAAACAGUUUAUUCCAGCCAUUUUACCUGUUAGCCAAGCCACAAUGAACCAGAAGUUACCUUUCCCAAUAAGUAACAUCCAAUGUGUUCUCUGUCAGGAGGAAUGUGCCAAUACCAAUGCCUUAGUGGAACACAUAAGGAACAAACAUUACUGUCAAGUAGCCGACCAGCUCUCCACAGCUAACCACACGGAAUCAUUGCAAGACAAGACAUCAACAACCAGUAGUGGGUUCACUAUGACAUCAUAGUUGACAUUUGGUGACAUCAUAGCUGACACUUGGUGACAUCAUAGCUGACACUUGAUGACAUCAUAGCUGACACUUGGUGACAUCAUAGACAGUACAAAACCAUGCAUUUUUUGUACAUUCCUAGAUAUAUCUUAUUGUUUGUUAUAUGUUUGUUUUUAUAUUGUUAUAACUUUUUGUGCACGUUCAAAAAUGUUGAAAAUAGUUUCAAAGAUGUUCCUAUUUUUCCUGAAAUUUAUUUAUUUUCAUACUUCUAAUUUCAGUUGUUGUGCAUUGAAAUUAAAACAGGAUUAAGAAAUACAAUGAAAAUUCUUUGACUGAUCGUAGGUCAUAUUUUGACCUCUCAUUUUCAUAUUCAGAUUUGAAGAAUUUUAUAAUCAAUAAUUAACAAGUAAAAAUGUAUUUGUUUUUUAUGUAGAUUAUAGGUAUAUAGGACAUCUUGUCAAUCACUAUAGAAACUAGUUAUUAUUACCAUGGUUACGAUUGAUCAAUUAUACAAAUUCUUAUUUGUAAUAAGAUAAUGAAAGUUCACUGGUAUCUUUAAAUGCAGUGUAUUUGUACAUGAUUUUUGACAUGUUGAUGUUUCUUAAAAAAAUGAUCUCAAAAUUGCAAUGUUAUGUUGUCCUAGUUUAAUUUUUUCUGUCUUAGUACUAGGAUUAUAAUUUCUUGCCUGUAUAUACACCUUUUACCUGGAUGUCAAUGUUACCACUUACAAGAGCACAAAACAAAUGUAUGUUGUUUUGAAUAUGUAAUACAUGUAGAUCUUUUUGUAAUUUUAGUUGUGGAUACAUGUGUUGAAAGUGGCACAUUUAAUAUGAAAUAUGUAAGCACAAUGACUUCAUACUAAGAUUUAAUGCUUAUUCCUCUUGAGAAAAUUCAAAACAAAAUACAUGUAGGUUUUUAUCAACAUUUCACAGAUGAAAAGUAGAAAUCUAAAAGUUAAAUUAAAUAUUUCACCUUAAUUAUUUUGAAAAGUUGCUACACAAUCAACACUUCUUGGACCAUAGUGUAAAACAUUAAAGACAUUGUCAUGGAAAUAUAUCUGGGAUUUGUGUUUUAUUGAAAAACAUAUCUUGAAUGAUAUUAUUGUCCAUUUUUUUUUUAAAACUUUAUUUAGCUGACAACAUUUUCAAAAAUCUAUUAAGUCACUUUUUAAGAUUAAGAUGAU